AAGGUGAUGCUCUUUUAAAAAGCCUCCAUACGCGCCCAGAAAGGUUUACAAGUCACAUGCAAAAUCUUGAAGAGGAAGAUGCUCUAUUGAAGGAAGAAAGCAGAACCUAUGAUGAUAUUGUUUUUGUAGAUGUUAUUGACACUUACAGAAAUGUUCCAGCCAAACUGCUGAACUUCUACCGAUGGACAGUUGAAUCAACGAGUUUUGAUUCGUUGCUGAAGACAGAUGACGACUGUUACAUUGAUUUGGAAGCUGUUUUUAACAGGAUAAUGCAGAAAAAAUUGGACAGGCCAAACAUUUGGUGGGGAAAUUUCAGAUUAAAUUGGGCAGUUGAUCGAACUGGGAAAUGGCAAGAGCUGGAGUACCCAAGUCCUGCAUAUCCAGCCUUUGCUUGUGGGUCUGGCUACGUCAUCUCCAAAGACAUUGUUCAGUGGCUGGCAAGCAACUCUGAAAGAUUAAAGACGUACCAGGGUGAAGAUGUGAGUAUGGGCAUCUGGAUGGCAGCUGUAGGACCCAAGAGAUAUCAAGAUAGUCUCUGGUUGUGCGAGAAGACAUGUGAGAGUGGCAUGCUGUCUUCCCCCCAGUAUUCUCCACAGGAACUGAGAGAGCUCUGGAGAUUAAAAGAACUGUGUGGAGAUCCUUGUAGAUGUGAGGAAAGGUGAUGGGCUUGCCUUGGAAAACAGGGUAGCAUAUAAUGAUAAUGGAUAACAUUUGGAUUCAUUCUUGGAACAUUAAGGUAUCUUUUAAUGUUGGGUUUCAACUAAAGUAUAACAAUAUUUGCACAUCCCUUUUGAUAAUUACGAAUGGACUGAUCCUAUUCAUUUUCUAUAGGAUAGAUGUUGAUCUGACAAAAACCAAAAUGUUUAAGAUAAAAAAAAAAAUCCUUUUUAUAUAAAGUCAAAGACCUACUUGUAAUUAAUAAAUGCACAUAAGAAUGCCAACUAGCCUGUCUUUUGUAAGUUAAAGUACUACUGAUUUCACUGAGUAUAGAGCUGUACCAGGAUCCAGUGGAGAGCUGUGCUCAGCACCAGGGCAUCUGGUAAGUCUUGCUGCAG